AUGGCCAUUAUGGGAUCACCAAAGAAGAAAUCUUCCGGCCCUUUCCAAUCACUGAAGAAUUCGUUUCUGCGAAAUAAGGGACAGCCACCACAACUGCAACCCUGGAAUCCUCAGGUAAGAACUGAUAACACUAAAAGGAAAUCUGUACAGAGGACAACUUUGUUCCGUCAUGACUAUGUGAAGGUGCGAAGUUGGCCGUCCGAUAAUCCAAAAAACAUCAAUGUAAUACUGAGCAAGACUAGCUUCGAAAUAUAUGAAAUAGAUAUGGGAAACUCGAAAGAACGGAUGAAUUACUUGAGUUUAGGUAAAAAAGAUCAGUUUGUGCAUCCAAUUCUGCCGAAACUAAAGGUUGGAAGGGUACCGUCGGAUCAAAAACAAGAAUUUAAAAUCAUCAUUUCCCUAUUCAAUCCGGAAAGAUUCUGGGAAGUCACAUUUUUAUCCAUUAACCACGGUCGCGUACCUCGUAAAGUUAUCAACGACCUUGAGCAAGUGCUAUCCAAAAUUUGUCAGUAUAACAACAAAGAUCCUGACAAUGCUUCACUAAAAGACACUAAGAAUGAUACGAAGGCGAUACCCUCGCCGAAGAUUGACAUCCUCGAAGAAGUGGAUGAUUUGGAGUAUCUAUUGGCUGAGAAUGUUCCUGACCAGGAGCAGAUACCAGAAGCAGAAAGUCUGGAACUAAAUGAAUCAUCAACCAUAUCUUCCAUCAGUAUGGAACACUCACUAGUACAGUCUGGAGAUGUCGUAAAUAAGACAUUCAAACAAGCAUUAGGAAGAAUAAAACCCAUUGACUUUAACACAAGAGCAGAAAGCAGUAGGUACAAAAGGUUCAGCUCUUUUCACUCUGCAUUUUUAGAUGUUCCUCGCAUAAGCGCAGAAUAUCAACAUUCUUUACAAGAUAAAAGACGGUCGAUCAGUGUUCCGACUGCAAUUGAUUACAAGUCUGUUUCCAAUCACGACAUGAGAAAGGGUGUUGAUUUUGACAAGGUAAGUUGGAUGGAUGUCACAUUCGAAGAUUUUCCGGAGAUAUGA